AUGACUCCAAAGAAGAGAUAUGUGCGGAGCAAUUCCGUCAAGUUAAAAGAAUUGAAGAGGCGGAUGGCCACGAUACUAGGUUCAGCGGAACAAAUCAAAGUAUUCGAGGCCAAUUACACGGCCGACCAAGCAAAUCAACUAGCAAUUAGAAUCGAAAUGCUUGAUGAGCUUUGGAAGCAGUACUCGGAGCGAAGGAAACCUGCACAGAACCACUACAACGAACAGCACAAGAUUAGAUCAGCUAACCGUGCAGCAGAAGACUCAUCGGGAGUUCUGGACACGUCGCGGGCAAAGACAGAGGUUUUCCUCGCAACCGCAAUCGUGCGGGUAGAAGAUCGUGACGGGACGAAUCACUUCGCGCGCGUGGUGUUAGAUAGUUGUUCUCAGUGCAAUUUUAUAUCGGAAGCGGUCGCCACCAAGUUACGAUUACGGCGGACCAAGACAAAUACGGAAGUCGCGGGAAUCGGUCCGGGUAAAGUGCGUGUUACGGAAUCGGUCACUGUGAAGCUUCGCUCGCGGACUCGCGCUUUCGAAACGUCGGUCGUUUGCCUCAUUAUUGCCAAAAUUCCGGCAAUUUUACCGAGCCAGAAUAUCGAUAUUCGCGACUGGCAGGUUCCGCGUGACGAAACUGUGUUUGGACAUAUCGUGUCAGGGAUGUACGCGGGGCGUGGAGCAAACCCAUCGCUGUGCAUAAUCAGCAGUGCCAGCGGGCUGGAUGCCAUCCUAGAGCGAUUCUGGCAAGUGGACGACUUUGACCGCGGUCGAGCGCUGUCGCUAGACGAUAGGUGGUGUGAGGAUCACUUUAAUCGCACGGUUUCGCGUCGGGAUGACGGGCGUUACGUGGUACGGUUGCCAAUUCGCGAAGAUCGAAGACCUUUUCUCGGUGACUCGCAUAAUCUAGCCCAGCGUCGGUUCCUGGCUAACGAGCGCAGAUUUGGAUACGACCAGCAGCUUCGCGACGACUACCUGCGAUUUAUGGACGAAUAUGCUGAACUCGGACACUUGGAACCGGGCUUACGCACAGGAAAUGCGGCGUACCGUCCAAGAUUUUUGGAAACGAUGGACUCGGGAUUACGUUCAUCAUUUGCAUCAACGUCCAAAAUGGCACCAAGGCACUCGAAACCCUCAGGUCGGCGAGUUAGUUUUGUUGAAACAAGAGAACCUUCCGCCGUUGCAAUGGAACAUCGGACGAAUAACCGCCACACAUCCGGGCAGAGACGGCAGGUGCAGGGUGGUCGACGUCCGCACCACAAGGGGAACUUACCGGCGUGCCGCAGCAGAAGUAUGCCGGCUGCCAAUCGAAACCGAGAGCAGCAAAUUAGAAAACCCAGCCCAGCACCAGAUGCAGCUCCCGACAAACCAGCCCGAACUGUAAAAUUGUCAGAAGCUCGGUUCAAGGAGACUGAUGAAGCAGAAAGUGAGUAA